AUGGAAAAAAACAAAAUGAAGAACAAAAUUAUCAAUUCUUUAAAGGCAUUAUUUAAUAAAGAUUUGAAGAACAUUGUCUUUACCUGCGACAAUAAGAAAGAAAUUACUAAUAAUCUUUCGAAUCUUAUUAAAAAUCAUUUAAAAGGCUUAACCUUAAACGAAUAUAAAAUUAUUGUUGAAAUUCUUCUAAAUGAAAAUAAAGAACAAGGCAUAAAUGUUUCCACUAGGCUUUUUUGUGACAAGGAGUCCGAUUUUUUUUUUAAAGAAAGUAUUAACACUGAUUCAUAUUCCUGUUUUGUAGUGGUUUAUUUAAUUCAUGUAUAG